AUGGUUCGCCGGAUUUUUACAAACGUCCUCACGGCUAAGAAGUGCGAUGGAUAUGUCCCCUACCAAGAGCUCGAGUCCCUGGCCACCAUCCAUAAUAUGCUGCAUGAACCGAAGGGGUACGCGCACGAACUUCAUCGCUAUGCCCUAUCGGUUUCCCGAACAGUAGCUUUCGGCAAACGAGUGACUAGCUCCUCGAGCCAAUUUGCGACCGAUAUCCGCGAAGUCAUGGAGAAUUUCAGCAAGGCUAUGACACCAGGCAAAUACCUUUUUGAGGCUGUACCAAUGCUGCGGAAGCUCCCUCGUUUCGCGCAGCCGUGGCUCAAGGAACUGGAAAAGUUCAAGAACCUUGAGCUUUCCUUCGCCUUGACGUGUUACCGAGAUGCAGUACGUCAGGCCGAACUCCAUCCCGACAGACCGUGCAUGGCGCGAGAAGUCAAGGCAGAGAUGGAGAAAGCCCAAGAAGAAGAUGAGGUUCAGGCCUCUAGCACCUGUAUGGAGAUUCUCGGGGCAGGGUCCGAGACAACCGCGAGUGCGCUCCAUUUUACCAUUCUGGCCCUGGCCACGCAUCCAGAAGUGGUUGAGAAAGCCCAUCAAGAGCUUGACCGCGUCAUAGGACAAGACCGAUUUCCCACCUGGGCGGAUGAGCCAAAUUUGCCAUAUAUCAGGGCCAUUAUUAAGGAAAAUCAGAGGUGGAGGUCCAUUUCGCCAAUGAGUAAGUCUGGCGGUGCUGAAUACCGAUACGUUCAUGAUGCUGAUCAAGAAAAAGGCUUUCCUCAUUACACGAGCAAGGAUGACGUGUACAACGGAUACUAUAUCCCAAAGAACUGCGUGGUCCGCGUCAAUCACUGGUACUCGAACCCUGAGAAGUUCGACCCAGAUCGCUUCAUCGAUCACACGCAAUCAGCCGCAGCUUCAGCCAACGCAGUAGACGCUUCUGGGCGCGAUCACUUUUCCUACGGAGGUGGGAAGCGCAUAUGUCCGGGCAUCCACCUGGCGGAGCGAAGCCUAUUCAUGAUGACGAGCCGAAUGCUCCAGACAUUCAAGUUCGGGCGUCCCCUAGACCCCAAAUCAGGGACGCCCCGGGAGCUGACAGUGGACGACGUUGGCGUUAGUACAAGCCUAAUCAUGACACCGGGCUCUGACUUUGACGUGUCCUUCGAGGCAAGGAGUGAGAAGAUAGGGCAGCUGUUAGAGAGGGAGUGGCUCGAAAAGGUUGCUCAUCAGGACUUGGACGAUCAUCCGCAGGCUGAUUGCUUUACUCCACCUGCAGACUUUUCCGAGAGCGCGGCAUCUCUAGAUGGCCAGCAGGAGGCAGCUCAGGGUCCCUCACCAUCAUCAGAGUUGUUCACGAGUGGUAGCUCUCUACUACCAUUGACAUUCACUGGCCUGGACGGCGAGGGGCCCCCUAACUACCAUGCACCAGCCGGUCUGGAGCAGAAUGAGGAUAAUCUCUUCUUGAACUUCGGUGGACUCAGCCCUGACUGGAUCUUCUCAAUAUUUGACCCUUGUUCACAUCUCGACACCUUCAGCUUUCCGGCCGACUGUGAAAUUCUUGAUGAGCCUACCUUGCCUCUCACAGCUCAAAAUUCGUCCCCCAAUGCCCAAGAACCGCCAGUCAAGUACAGCGCCGGGCAGGGACCUCAUCUCGAUAACUGGCUCUUGAGUACCGCCGGGACCAACGACACCCAAUCGUUGGUCAUCCCCCAGCUGGGCGGCAACGGUGAUAAGUCGCUGCGAUACGGCUCGCAUUUCCAAAUGCCCAAGGUCGUGGAGGCACAGAGAUCUCAACUCCUCGAUUCCGCCCAGGCGAUCCUGGAAAGGCCAUUGUGGAAAGCUGUUUCGCUGGCUAAUUUCCCGAGUAAGGCAAAGCUGGAUCACUGCAUUGAUCUCUUUUUUGUCCACUUUCGACCUCCCAUCAGCUUCAUCCAUCGACCUACCCUCAACCCAACCACUAUAUCAGAGGUGCUUCUGCUAUCAAUUGUUGCCAUUGGGGCUAGGUUUAGCAGCAUGCCAGGCGCAAGGAUCUUCGCCAAUUCGAUUGCCGAACUGAAUCGUCGUAUACUCCUCGUCAUGAAUGAACAAGAUCCAAGUCAUCGGCACUCGGAGGACUACCUCACCGCUCAACUUCUUCAAGCGAUGCAUGGUCGUGCCAGUGGCCAUAGAAUAUUAUUUGGCCACAGUAGAGAUUUGCGAUCGACGCUUGUUCGGCAUGCGAGGGAAGCAGGUUUAUUCCAAGAGCCAAAGCCACGUCAGAAUGCACCUGACGAUUGUUCCGCCACCACCGAAAGCCGGUGGUUGGAUUGGGUUGCGACGGAGCGCCAUAGAAGGCUGGGCUGGGCGAUAUAUGAUCUCGACGCAACUGUUGGCAUAUUGCACAAUGAAAGACCUGCUUUCAGUAUCGGCGACAUAGCCCUCUCUCUUCCCGAUGAGGAUGCUUGCUGGGAAGCCCCUACCGCUCACUCAUGGAUAGCACUUCGGCCGUGGCAGCCAUCGCAUGAGAACAGGAUUGAGUUCCGCAAAGCUGCCCGAGAAUGCUUCUACCCCAGCUCGGCUGACAACCUUGAACUAUCUGAUGACCAGCACUUGCAUAUAAUCACUGUCACACUUUGCCGAUUUUUGUGGUCUAUGAAAGAACUCCAGGGGUCUCCACUGAUGGAUGCUGUUCCUGAAGACUGGCCCCUGGUGAAUCAUAAGCGGACUCUACUCAACAAGCUGGAUCAGUUUCUUACAUGUCCAGAGGCCGCCAAAGCCAACAAAGACGAUGGUGUCCUGCGACGAAUCGUGGAAAGGCUAUUGAUAAUCCAUCUCUGUCACCUAUUCGGCGCUGGAGACCUUAUGGAUUGGCUGCUGCCUUUACUUCGCGCUGGAGGUCAGCACAAAGAAUCACGGGCAAGAAUGAGUAACUGGGGUCGUGAGGACGGGGUCAGAUUGCGCCAAGUGGCUUACCACUCCGCUCAAAUCUUGGCUCUGAGUCGAUCAUUUCCUUUCAACUCCCCUUGCGAAUCAUUCUAUGCCUUCUAUGCGGGAGGCGCACUUUGGUGUGCCACAGUGUUGCUAGGUGAAUCAGAACCCGGUAUUGGCACUGAAGCGUGUGAUGACGAGGAUGACAGUCAAAAAUUCACUGUUCUGCAGCUUGAUGCCUUUCACCCAUUGGAAGGUGACGACUAUAGCAAAUUGCAUCACUGGCUUUGUGAAGGCGGACAAGCCAGGGUAGGCCUGUUUGGUGUACCACGCCUUGGAAGUAAGGACAGUCAUGUGCAGGUUCUUCAAGAAGCAUUGCGGAUUUUGCAGAACAUGAGGAUCUGGGAGCUUUCCAAGGCGUUUUCCGAGUUCAUUCGAAAGCUCAUAACUGCUGAGUCAGGAGUUAAGAAAUAG